AUGAGAGACUUAGUCCAGGAGAUCAAGGAGAUCGAAGAGUUGAACCGACUCUUUCCUCCCAUCCCAGUGACAUCUCACGGUCCUGCUGAGCAGAUCACGGACCAUGAGGAGGCCACGAACGAUCUUGCUUCCAGUUUACGCAGAGAACUGAAGGCGCUUACCCUGGACGAUAAUCAUGAUGCGGAGGACAAUCUGAAUUCCGUUUCUCCUCCACCCUACAGACAGGUCGCACCUCCCAUGUACGAAUGCGAUGAACAGGGCCAAGAACCGAACUGUGCACCAUCCUCCCCCGCUGAAUCUAUCCACCACGAAGAGCCCGCCACUCCACAGCACCCCGCAUUUACCUCCCCAUGGAUGGACAGCCCCAGAUUCUGUGGCGGGCCAGGCAAAUGCAGCCAGUGCAAUUUCGACCACAGGGCCUAUGAGCUCAUGUACUCCCAGCUCACCCGUGUCCAGCAAGAGUAUCGCGGCCGUGACCCCGCUAAUCUUCCGCCGAAAUACAUGCCUGGUGUGUGUGAGAGAUGCACAGAGAUGAGAGUGCCUGGACGCCGUGCAUGUGUUUUUCAUAUCUUCGAGAACUACUUCAGGGCUACGCACCGCCUGAAUAUUGAUGGAACUGACGCUCCUCCGCUGCAACGUCUCUGCUCCCGUUGCCUUCGUCCGCUGGUGAGCGGCGAGGUGCUAACCUGUCGUGAUUGUUUCCAUAGGUUUUUCACUCCUCGCGUCACGACGGAGCGUGGCUGGGUUUAUGCAGGGCGGCAUUUGGGCCCUCUUGAGCGCAAACCUGAGGAGGAAACUGAGGAGGCCACGUUUGUUCCUGUUAGAAGAUUCCUGUAG